AUGAAUCUUGCUUAUAUACAACAGCAUACUACUUCAAACUCGAUUAAAGAAAGGGAUCGUGUUCAGCAAAAUAAAAUAAAUGACGAAAGUGCACUAAAAAAGUUCGGACGAAUAACUAAAGUUGAUAAAACUAAAUUUCGACAGGCUUUCAAGAUUCUGUCAGGACUCAAGUCUGCUCUUGCUUCGACAAAAUCUACAACAAGUUCUUUAGAAAAAUGCCUAAAGAGCAAAAAUAGUAUUUCAUCUGAUAAUACCCUAUUAUCAAUGGAUGAUCAUAUAGUUAACGACAUAAUGGAUAUUCAUGAUGUAAAUGAAAUUCAUAUUUGUUCACCUAAUGUUGAAAAUUCAUUAAAUAUAACUCAAGAAGAACCUCUAGAGCUUGUUUUGAGUAAGUCAAAAGAUCAGGAGAGCCCUCCACAACAAGAACAUGUGAAUCCAACAAGAGAAGUUCAGGAGAAUCAUUCGAAACAAUAUCAGGUGAUUCAACUAGAUAAUCAUUAUAAUUCCAUUGAUUCUGAUAAUGAAUCUCUAAGAAUAAUAUCUCAGAUUUUACCACGGUUCACACUUAAGCUUUCUGAUGAUUUAAAAGAAGAUUUUCAACCUGAUUUACCUAUCUCGACAUCCAUUGAGAAUACUGAUAUCAUAGUAUACGACUCUGCUGACCCCGAUUUUGACGACGAUGAUUCCAUUAUAACUGUCGUUGAACAUAAACAAAAUAUGACAACGAGAAGAAAAAUAAGCAUGAAUCGAGUAACAGACGGACUUUUUUCAUCUAUAUCCCAAAAUGAUCUUCCUAUAAGUUCUCUCUCAAGACAAACAAGUGCAAAUAAUCAAAUCUCUAAUGAAUAUAAUAAUUCAAACGCUCAUAUUAUAGAUAUUGAUAGCGAAGACGAUGAAAGUUCGAAGAAACAAAUCACGAAACAAAAUAUACGAAGUGAUCAUCAUAAACCGCAAAGUAAUACUUUGAUAGAUAAUACGGAAUAUUCUUUUACUUCUUUAAGAAAUGUACCUAAAGUUCAAGAAGAUCAAAAUAUUACUAGAGACGAUACUAAAAAUCAUGAGGACAUUAAAAGUUUAACAUCGGAGAAGGUUCCUGUCAUUAAUAAUCGAAAAGAUCAAUCUACUAAUUUUUUGACAGCUAAUAAAGAGUCUACUAUUGACUCCAUAAAUAAACAAAAUGUUCGAAAAAGGCAAAAUUCUCAUUCAGUAAAUAAAAUGAAACUUGACGCGACAUCUCCAACUGGAUCCAAGCUUAAAGAAGGUCAAAGCAUUUAUAAUUCACGCGUUAGUGUAGAACCACAAGAUAAAUCAAAAGUUCGAGAAAACAAAAGUAACACUUCUAUAGUAAUUAAGAAAGUUAGCGUGGCAGUAGAACCUCAAAUUCCUAAGGAUCAAAGCGUUACUGUUAUAGAGAAGGAAGUUGGCGUAGAAUUUUCGAAUACAUCUAAAGUUCAAAUAAGUAAUUCUUCAAAUCCUUCGGUUGGCGUUGAGUCUACGAAAGAUAACAUUAGUCGUAGUAGUAAUUUGACAUCGGCUAAGGACAUUAGCAACAAAGUUAAAAGGAUUCCGAGAACAAAAGCAUUAUCAUCUAAUAAAAAUAUGCCCAACCAAAGAGCAAAGUCAGCUGUUAAAGAAAAUUCAAAAAAUGAUAAUAAAAAUAAAUUUGUUGCAAGUGCGACAUCAGCCCCAUUACCUUCAAUAUCAAAUUCAUCUGUUAGUGAAGUUGUUCCCGUAAAGAACCCUACAAAGAGGCCUGCAUCUGAUGAAACUUCCGGAGAUAUACUGGGGCCAAUAUUAGAAAUGCUUGAUAACCGGAAGAAACUCAAGAAAUUCGACGCGGAGAGUGUAGUUAAAAAAAAUGAAAUUUUGGCGACGCAGAAUCAAUCUAUGAUUGAUAACAAUAUUCCUAAUUUAACGGAUGAACAAUCAAAUUCUCGAGCAGAAACGAAUGCAUUAUUGAGUAUACCUUUAAACCUACCUUACUCUUCGAUGUCUGCAGAAGAACAUCGAGAAUUUCUUCAGAUAGAUUCAAUGCCGGAAUUGGUUUCAAAGGAGCAACAAGAUUUUUAUAAGAUGAUGUUGGAACGAGUAAAAAACGAAAGGAUGAAUUUUGAACAAUGGCAGUUUAAAAGGUCGAAAUUGUUACUAGGCCAUUUGAAUAAAUUAAUUCAAAGCCAAGUCGAGAACCACUUAAAAUACGGUAGACGUAGCAAUAUCAAUGAUUAUCCGAUAGUAGAACUAACAAUUGGGCUUAAUCCGGCCAGUCCCGAAGGGCCCGAGUUAAAAUUCAAACAAAGGCUCGGUUCGAUCGGAAGGUGUUUUGAAUUUUCGAAUUCAUCGAUAAAUCAAAUUCCUAUUUCAUUAGACAAGAAACUUUGGCUAGAUGAUAUUCAAUCUGUUAAUACAAUGACAACGGGAUCCAAGAGCAUUGAAAUAAAAGAUUAUUGGCAAAAGACGAAAACUCCCGUGGUUAGCCAAGACCCAUUAAUCCCCGAAAUACUUUCGAAUCAUAAAGUUGACAUUGUAAUUUCUUCCGGGGGUUUAGUUGCGCUCAUUGGUUUAGUCGAGUCUAUAGAUGAUGAGAUGGAAAUUCCGAUUAAAAUAAUCGAGACAGCUAAAGAGAAUUCUGUUCUCAAGACUAUUUAUAUUGAUAAACCAUUUGUUAAAAAGCAAUUUACACCCCGUGAGAUAAAUCAGAUUUACUAUAAUACAGCCUUUGAAAAAUAUUCGCUUUGGGAUAUUGGAGAAUUGAGUAUUUUGGUACGAUGUAGAUCUAGUGGAUAUUCUAACGAACCGGAUAAAAAGAUUCGUACUGUGGGCAUUAAAACAAAAUUGGAAUACCAACUGGAUUAUAAUUUUGAAAGUAUCACGAAUGUUGAGCGAGCGCGCUGGUGGAUAUACUCAUUAAUACGCGAUAAAGCAGAUUUGAUGCUUGGCCGAAUCAAUGUUCCAACGAAUACUUUAUAUGUAAUCGAAAAGGCAUCAACGGAACAAAUCCUUCCUGAUGAAGCUCGAAUGAAAUUACUUAAUAAAAGGCUACAUUAUAUCUUCAAGCAUUUGCAAUGCUCAUUAUCUAAAGGAUCAUAUCUCCUUCAUCAUGAGAAAAAGGAGCCUUAUGUUACAAUUUAUAAGAGUGUUGAAAAUGCUGAAAAUUCUUGCCCUCUUCAACCGUUGAUCAAUUCACAGGAAAUCAACUUACAGAGUAUUAAGAUCGAUCGUGACACAAUACCAUUUGUGCCAUUAUUGUGGAAAGGCUCACAAGCUCAGGUAGCAGCUGCUUCGUUGGGAAAUGUUGAAGUUGUUAAAAUCUUGAUUAAUGAUAAUGCUAACGUUGAAAGUUGUAAUAGGGAAAAUAUAACCUCUCUUAUCAUCGCGACUUAUAAUGGUCAUGCUGAUGCCGCUAAAGUAUUAUUAGCUCGAGAAAUGUGUCGGUUGUUGUUGGAGCAUGAUGCAAACAGAUCCUUACGACGCUAG